CUGGGGCAAAUGGCUGGGUGAUCAUGUGACCCAAGUCAGGUGACUGCCUGGGACCCGCCAGAGCCGGAAGUUGCAGAUUUAUCCAGAAACUGCACUUUACAGAAACCAUCAGGAGCCAGGUUGAAGGGAUUUUGUUGUUGGGGAUGAAGAUACUCCCAAUAUUCCUCGUGAUAUUACUCUCCAGCUGUGGCCACUCAUUGGACAAUGGCUUAAUGAGGACUCCGCCCAUGGGGUGGUUGGCAUGGGAACGCUUUCGCUGUAACACGGACUGUGACAAUGAUCCUGAAAACUGCAUCAGUGAGCGCCUGUUUAUGGACAUGGCUGACCGAUUGGCAGAGGACGGUUGGAAGGAGCUUGGCUAUCAGUAUGUGAACAUUGAUGAUUGCUGGGCAGCAAAGGAAAGGGACUUGGAAGGGCGGCUGGUAGCUGAUCCCAUCCGAUUCCCCAGUGGAAUCAAAGCUUUGGCUGAAUACGUCCAUGCAAAGGGCUUGAAGCUUGGUAUUUAUGGAGAUCUGGGCACCUACACCUGUGGUGGCUAUCCAGGCACCACACUGGACCAGGUUGAGCUGGACGCUCACACCUUUGCUUCUUGGGGAGUGGACAUGCUGAAGUUGGAUGGCUGCUACUCCAAUUCCUCUACCAAGGCGCUGGGCUAUCCAUUGAUGUCAAAGGCUUUGAACGCCACAGGCCGUCCAAUUGCUUUCUCGUGUAGCUGGCCAGCUUAUGAAGGAGGUCUGCCCCCUGUGGUGAACUACACAUUGCUGGGAGAGAUCUGCAACCUGUGGAGGAACUACGCUGACAUUGACGACUCGUGGGAGAGCGUUCGUGGCAUCAUUAACUGGUACUCGAGGCACCAGGACGUGCUGCAGCCCGUGGCUGGCCCAGGGAAGUGGAAUGACCCUGACAUGUUAAUUAUCGGGAACUUCGGCCUGAGUUAUGAGCAGUCUAAGUCCCAGAUGGCUCUCUGGGCCAUUCUUGCUGCUCCCCUCUUUAUGUCUAAUGAUUUGCGGGCAAUCACCUUGAAGGAAGCUUCCAUCCUACAGAAUAAGCUGCUAAUCAGGAUUAGCCAGGAUCCACUGGGAGUGCAGGGCCAAAUGCUACUGAAGGGUAAGAACAAUAUCGAAGUCUGGAUGCGACAGCUUUCCUCAUCAACUAUGGCACUGGCUUUCUUCAGUCAGCGCACUGACAUGCCUUAUCACUACACGACAUCUCUUGGCCAGCUCAAUAUCACUGCCCCUCAGCUGUUCUCAAUGCAAGAUGUUUAUUCAGGGUGGGUGCUGCACCAGCUGGAGAUCGACACCAAGUUCACUGUCACCAUCAAUCCCAGUGGAGUCGUGAUGCUGUUUGUGUAUCCGGAGAUGCAAAUAGUACAGGACUGGGACAAGAGAAGGCCGGAAUUCAGCCCCUUGAAACUGUGAAGAGGUCUCCGUUACCCUUGGCAACAGCUAUACACUUUAUUUUUCUCAGGCACGUUGACACAAUGAAUGUUUUAUUCUCAAAUUGAAAGCUCAGUCAUGCAUAAGGGUAUACCCAAUGCCGUCUCUUUUCAGAGUUUUGUGGGCGUUAUUUUGUACUUUUACACCCAAGUUAGUUUACUGUGCUUUGUGGAUGAUGGGAUGCCUGGAAUUUAAGGGACUAAAGCAGCAGCUAGUUGCUCUGUGGUUUGUCACGUGACUCAAUUCUUGCUCCCGGGUCAGAGUGACAGAGUCUAUUUGGGUGUAUUUACUCACUGAAUCUCGCUGAGUGUCGCUAAUCACGUUUUAACGUUGGGCAGGGUGGAGUCGAUAUGAGCACUGGUGACCGGCAGUCCUGCUGUUUUUAAACCUCUCGGCCUGUUUCCAGCCAUGGGAGGGAGUAGAGAACAACUGCUGUCUUGGGAUUGGGAGGAUGGAGUUUGUGAAACUGAGGGCAGAUCAAACAGCUGCAGGGAACAGAAAGAGUGGGGCAGUUGGUAUCGAUGAAAGUAAUGAACUUGAAUCACUGAAACACUGAUUCAAGCCUCUCUAGAUUUCAAACAUGCUCCUUCUGGCCUCUUGCCAUUCACCCUGUGCAAAUUUCAGCCUUUUCCAAAACUUCACGGCCUGCAUCCCAACUUACACCAAGUCCUGCCCACCUGUCACCCCUCUGCUCACUAACCUGUGUUGGUCUUGUGCUGGCAACACCUUGACUUUAAAAUAUCUAUCCUCUACUUAGAAUCCCUCCAUGAUCCCAGCCCCUCUAACAUCCUCUAGCUUUCCAGAUUCCUGUGCUCCUCCAAUUCUAGUCGCGUGGAAUCAAACAGCAUGGAAAUCAACCCUUUGGACCAACCAAUCCCUAUUGGCCAUAAUUCCAAACUAAACCAGUCCCAUCUGCCUGUUCUUGGCCUAUAUUCCUCCAAACAUUUCUUUUUCAUAUACUUACCUAAAUGUCUUUUAAACAUUGUAACUGUAUCUGCAUCCAUCACUUCCUCUAGAAGUAUGUUUCACACAGAGUCAUAGAGAUGUACAACAGGGAAACAGACCCUUUGGUCUAACCCAUCCAUGCCGACCAGAUAUCCUAACCCAAUCUAGUCCCACCUGCCAGCACCCAGGCCAUAUCCCUCCAAACCCUUCCUAUUCAUAUACCCAUCCAAAUGCCUCUUAAAUGUUGCAUUUGUAUCAGCCUCCACCACUUCCUCUGGCAGCUCAUUCCAUACACGUACCACCCUCUGCAUGAAAAAGUUGCCCCUCAGGUCUUUUUUCUAUCUUUCCCCUCUCACCCUAAACCUAUGCUCUUGGGUUCUGGACUCCCCCACCCCAGGGAAAAGACUUUGUCUACUUCCCCUACCCAUGCCCCUUAUGAUUUUAUAAACCUCUAUAAGGUCACCCCUCAACCUCUGACACUCCGGGGAAAACAGCCCCAGCCUGUUCAGCCUCUUCCUAUAGCUCAAAUCCUCCAAAUCUGGCAACAUCCAUGUAAAUCUUUUCUGAACCCUUUCAAGUUUCACAAUAGGAAGGAGAACAGGACUGCAUGCAAUAUUCCAACAGUGGCCUAACCCAUGUCCUGUACAGUGCAACAAAAUUCCCUUCAUUUUUUUUCUCUCCUCUCACUGUAAAAAUAUGCCCCCUUGUGUUGAAACCGCCCACCUUUCGGGAAAGGAUACCUCCCUUUCUCUUUAUCUAUAUCUCUCAUAAUUUUAUAAAUCUCUAUAAGAUCUCCCAUGCUCCAGUGGAAAAAGUCCCAGCUUAUCCAGCCUCUCCUUAUAACUCAAAAGCCUCUCUUCCCUUCACCCAGUGCUGAAGGCCAUUCCUUCAGCUGUCCAGGUAGUGCUGAGUCUCCAAAUUCUUCCUAAGUCUGUCGUGUGCUCUACUUUAUUAAGACCCUCCUUAAAACCAGGGUCUUUGAUCAAAGGGGUCUCCUCCUUUCCAUGUGUUGAGUUUGAUUUGACAGCCCUCUGUGGAAAAUUAAAAACAUAAGCGAUACAAAAUGUUUCCUAGUCAUUGAAGAUCAGUCUACACCCAUCGAGCGGGGAGAGAGCCCCCCCCCCCCGUUAUAUGUGGAAAUAUUUCUUGCCUUCACUCCUGAAGGCAGCCUGAAUGGGUGGGUCACGCUCCCCGGAGCCAGGGGUUUUAGUUUUUCAGCAGCAGUUGCUCCUGGAGUCUUGAAGCUAGAUGUGAAAGCUGUCCUCCCCCCCCUCUCUGUUCCAGUUAAAAGCUGGGGUUCUCCUGCUGCUGCUGGAAUUGCAUCCAAAAUGCAAUGCCUGGCACUUGCCUUUAAAAUAGGAAAAAGUGACGGUCUAGGCUCAUCUCAAUAUAUUUUGAGGGGGUUCGGUCUAGUCCAUAACAAAGAUCCAUCUCCUCUUCCUUCACUCCCUAACUAGCAGACAUGGCUUCUCUCUAUCGACCUUGUCACUUCUCUUCAUACUCUGUGGGUGGCACGGUGGCUCAGUCGUUAGCACUGUGGCCUCGCAGCACCAGGUUUGAUUCCAGCUUUGGGCCACUGUGUGUGGAGUUUGCACAUUCUCCCCGUGUCUGCGUGAAUUUCCUCCGGGUGCUCCGGUUUCCUCCCACAGCCCAAAGAUGUGCAGGUCAGGUGAAUUAGCCGUGCUAAACUGCCCAUUGUGCUAGAUGCAUUAGUCAGAGGGAAAUAGUUCUGGGUGGGUUACUCUUCAGAGGGGGUCGGUGUGGACAGGUUGGGCCAAAGAGCCUGUUUCCACACUGUAGGGAAUCUUAAAAAAAAGAUUGUGGGCAGCACGGUGGCACAGUGGUUAGCACUGCUGCCUCACAGCGCCAGAGACCCGGGUUCAAUUCCUGCCUCAGGCGACUGACUGUGUGGAGUUUGCAUGUUCUCCCAGUGUCUGCGUUGGUUUCCUCCGGGUGCUCCGAUUUCCUCCCACAGUCCAGAGAUGUGCGGGUUAGGUGAAUUGGCCAUGCUGGAUUGUCUGUAGUGUUAGGUAAGGGUAAAUGUAGGGGUAUGGGUGGGUUGCGCUUCGGCGGGUCGGUGUGGACUUGUUGGGCCGAAGGGCCUGUUUCCACACUGUAAGUAAUCUAAUCAAAAAUCAAAUCACUCCUCACCCUAUCCUAUAUUGAUGAUGGCAAAGUGCUGAGAAAGGGGGAUUGGAAGGGAAGCAGAAUUGUUUUGCUUUUAUGUUAAAAUGUUUUAUAUUUCCUGUUUGUUAUAAACUGAAUCAACAAUUCUCAAGCAGGUUGCUUCUACUUUGAUUUUUGUACUAAACCUUUAUCAGAAUUCUUCCAUUGUAUUUUCUUCAAAAGUUCAAAUAAACAAUGAUGUCCAGUUUGAA